UUGUCGUAAAAAUUUCUCACUCAGAGUGGAGUGUUGGAUGCAAAGGAAGUUUCGUUGCAGAGUGAGAUGUGGCUGAAGCCCCACAGGGAACAGUAAGCAGCUGUCACGUGAAGCAAAACGGGAAACUCGACGCGAAGGUCUGGACUCGGGCCUCGGAUGCAGGAAAUCGCCUGUGAAAUGGAAUGUAUAAGUACUGAUCUCCUUGAGGUUUGUAAUGCUGAACACGCCGACUCUCGAGGGACUACCUCGACACCUUGCCUCAGAUCCCAAGAUAAGCUUAUCACUGAGCUUUCAACACCCUCGCACCUUCUGCUUCACCUCACCGGCAAUCAAAGGUGCCGUAACGGUACAUUGAAUCGGCGCCUUGUUGGUGAUUGUACGGCGCAGGAUCUCAAUUCUCACACCCUUCAGCCACUCGGCCGAGGUCAUCACACGAGCCAGAGAGGCACUGUUGUUUUGCAUUGUCCUCAUUGUGUAUGGCUACUUAGGCUAUCAAGUCUGUGCAGAGACAAAGAUGACGACGAAGAAGAACCAGUCGAAAGAGGCUCGAAUGCCCCGAAAUUCCCUUAUAAUCCGCCGCCAGAAGUGCAGCAAAUCCAUUUCAUGGAUGGCACACAUUCAUCAUCUCGUUUGCAUGCUUUCAUGCUGAGUUGACGAUCACUUCCCAGGUAUUCCCUUUCCGUCCGUGUAUACCGACAGUCGUUGUUCGAAGAUACGCGAGUCAGCGUUCAUAUAGGUAUGCCUCGAUGUGAAGAAAUGCCUCGAUGCUUUACUACUUUACUAUCGAGAUGUUAGUAUUGAUGGCCCAGGAUAACGGGGGC